AUUAGAAAAUGACAGAAAUUAAUUUCUACUUCUGCAUUUUGAAGGAAACACUAGUUAUCAUUUGAGCAAAAAGUACUUCAGGCUUGGUAAUUAACACUAGUUAUCAUGAACAUUGAUAAAGAUCUUCAUCAUUUCUCCGACCACCCCCCACCUCCACCCACAAACAAUCAUUACUUCAUAAUAAAUCCCCUCAUUUGCUUCAUUACAUUUGUUGUGUCUACCACCAUAAUUCUCUCUCUAAUUUUCGGAUACUUGUUUCUCCUCAAGCGGAAGAACAAUAAAAAUGUUGAGCCCAGGACGAAACCAACCACGAAUGGAGAUAUGUUCAAAAUAUUGAAUUAUGAUGGAAGAAUUAUGUUUGAGGAAGUAAUUAAAGCAACUGAGGAUUUUGACAUCAAGUAUUGCAUUGGGACCGGAGGUUACGGCAGCGUUUACAAAGCACGGUUACCUGGUGGCAAAGUUGUUGCUGUGAAGAAGCUUCACCGUUCAGAAUCAGGUUUCUUGGAGAAUUUCCAAAAUGAGUCUCAUUUACUAUCCCAAAUACGACAUCGAAACAUUGUCAAGCUUUAUGGUUUUUGUUUACACAAAAGAUGCAUGUUUUUGAUUUAUGAGUAUAUAGAAAAGGGAAGUUUGUUCUGUUUGUUGCGCGUUGAUGAGGAAGCAGUUAAAUUGAGUUGGAGCAAGAGGGUGAACAUCAUCAAGAGUGUAGCAUAUGCUUUAUCUUACUUGCAUCAUGACUGCAGCUCGCCAAUUGUUCAUCGUGAUAUAUCAAGCACCAACAUUCUAUUGAACUCGGAAUCAAAGACUUUCCUUGCUGACUUUGGUUUGGCUCGAAUUCUUAAUUUCGACUCAUCCAAUAGAACCAUAAGAGCAGGCAAAUAUGGUUAUAUUGCUCCAGAGCUUGCCAGCACUAUGGUUGUGACAGAAAAAUGUGACGUUUAUAGUUAUGGGGUUUUAGUACUUGAAGUAUUAAUAGGAGUCCAUCCGGGAGAUCUUCUUGCAUCAUUGUCAUCUCCGUCUAGUCCAAAUAUAACGUUAACUGGUGUUUUAGACCCACGUCUUGCACCUCCAUAUGGUGGCAAGGUUGUGCAGAAUCUUGUGCUUUGUUUUGCAAUAGCAUUUGCAUGCUUGCGUUCCAAGCCAGAAUCUCGGCCAACAAUGCAAUGUGUGUCUAAAGAAUUUCUUGCCGAAAAGCCAUUUGGAAAACCUUUCCAUGAAAUUACUGUAUCAGACCUCAGAAACUUGGAUACGUUUUUGGCUGAUUAAUGUAAUAUUUAAGUCAAAAAUGAAUUUCCACCUAUCCUUUUAAGGGUUUAAUUGUAUGUCUGUUAACUGAUGUUUGCAUCUGCAAUUGUACCUUUUUUCUUGAGGAAAAAUAGGAAUUAUCAAUUCUUUCAGCUAAGAUCAAUAUAUUGUCCCAAGUAUAUCUGUUUAAUAA